AUGACGUCUGUGGCAAGCACCCUGUAUCGAGCAAGUGACCUGCGCGGCUCUGUUGCGAUGGAGACGAAUCCAGAUGCGAGCAGACUGGGAACGCCCAACGAGUUCACCGCCUCCGUUCUCAUCAAGCGUGGCAAAACCAGGGAGCACAGGAUGAACGCAGUGAUGGAAAGGGAUGGCGCGAGCACCGCACAGGACGAAUCGCAGCUGUUGAAAGAGGAAGCGCGCAAUGCAUGGUGCACCCAGGAUGCUUUCGUCGACUUCGACACAGACAGCAGUGAUUCUGAUGCCCAGUCAGGUGGGAAGACGGACCCCACCAGUGCCUUCAUGGACGAUGGCAGUGCUUCGUCUGACUCGUGCUACGCUUCUUUCUACACUUCCAAAGGUGAUGACUCGGACACCAGCUUGGACGACACGCCGUCACCGUCGUAUGGGGAGUAUGAAGAGAGUAACGAAUAUGACGACGAAGCCGAGGAGGACGAGGGGCUUGUCGGCAGCGAUGCGUCGCGCAUCAACGGCAACAGCUUCUCCAGCACAGACCCUGGGAGGAAUAUUAGCGUCAUGUUUGGCGUUAGCCGCAGUAGCGUCUCUCCAGAGCAGCGAAGUAGCAUCAAGGGCUCCUCUGUGAGUGCGCUGCCGCCGUUCACGAUUUCCGGCGCGCCAAGCUCGCACGGAACGCACGUCGCCUUGCUCGUGACGGGCGUCUCUGACAGGCCGCGGCGCGCCCGCGGCAGCGCUGCCUCGAUGAUGAUGCCGCCGUACACCACGACGACGGUGUUGAACCCGAGUAUGAGCGUAUCUUUGGUGUUAUCUGCCUUCGGCACGUUCAGCAACGGGACGUCGGCACCACCCGCAGAUCUGCCGGUGGACUUGAGAAAACAUGAGAGCGGCAACGCUGGCACCAGGCACCCACAGUCGUUGGAGCGGAACAAUUCAAUGAUGUUCUCGCAGAUGUAUUUCACCGGCUCCGAAGCACAUCAAGCGGAAGCGCGGUCGCCUCUCUACAACGAUCAUGGCUGUGACAGAAGCAAUCAAGAACUUCCUACAUUGGCUUGGGGUGACGAGAAGAGGCGCCAGAUGGCGAGCAUGAUGCAGAUGGAGACGAUGCUGCCACUUCACGCGCAUGCGAACCGCGUCAGCCACAACGAGGACUCCGUUGACGGCGGCAUCUAUGGCUUUUGGCCUAGCGAUGACAAGAAGAGUGAAGAUGCCAUGUCGACACGGCCGUUGGUGAGCAAAAUGAAUAGCACUCUUCCUUCCUUCCUGAGGUACGCAGAUGCGCGUUCGCCCUGCACCAUCGCAGGAGAGACGCGAGCCGCAUCUUGCGGAACGAAGCAAGGGGACAAGCAGCUGAAGACGUGCGCUGGCGGGCGCCAAGAGGGCAGAAACGACCACAGCAGCAAUUCCACUGGUCGUCUGCCGCGCGGCUCUUCGCUGUUGCACGCACACACCCGCAAUGGCGGCAGCUCGCCAGGCGAAGCCUUCCUCUCCGAUAAGGCGCUUUCCCCCAACGCCAUUAUCGGGGUACUUCGGGGCGACUUCGACAACCGCGAUAUCAGCCUUGAUAGUCGCUUCCUUGAUACCGACCCUCAUCACAAGAGCGGGUCGACUAGCAUGGAGGCCAAAGGGCAUUCACGUCAGCCACCAGCGUCCUCGAGGCACGCGGUGACCGCAGAUGGCACAGUCGAUAGACACGGCGCAAGCACAGCAACGGUGGGCGACAGCGAAACCUCGUCGGGCCACCGUGUUGAGGAGCCGGUGCGUCGCCGGCGGUCUGGCGAUGCGAUCCUGAGCAUCUGUAGAACGGCCUCUUUUGGCCAUCCGCGUGAAUCUUUCUCCGUGACCCGGUCGCUCAGCUCCGGUCAAGCGCAUAGUCUAGGCCCUGUGCCGUCGCAGCAGACGCUCAUCGGUGUGUGGCGACUGCUGAGUUUCCGCGAGCAGGGCGACACGCCUCUCACGAACGUCGAGCACGUGCCACAGAAGAGAACAUCAAAGAAAAAGCAUAGCAAGGAUAAGAAGAGGAGCAAGAAGCACGAAAAGCACCGCAGGCCACGCCACACCGCCGAGGGCGGCCACGUGGGCAUCGACACAGGAAGGAGUGUGGAUGCCCGUGAUGACGCUAACAGGGAUGACGGCGCCCACGUCAGCGCGGCACCAAUGUGCAAGGAGAGCGAUACAAUGCGCUCGCCGGCUCGAUUAUCGGGCGUGAGCGCCGCUGGCGGCGCACCAGCUGAAUGCCACACCGGCGUGACUUGCUGUUGUCCCAGUUCCCCUCCUGGAUUGGGCUGGGCCGCUGGGAAGCAAGGAAGUCUCCGAAGUAGUAUGGAGGCGAACGGCCAGCCUCUCCGCCGGCACCAGGCGGUGCUGCAAGACCUGUCCAUGGGCGCACCGCCUGCGCGAAAAGGUACGCCGCCCACCGCGGGUAACCUGAAGAUACGACUGCUUCCCUCCCGGGUACCUGUCCGCACCGUCUUCGAUGCACCUGACACCCUCACCGCUCCGCACUCGCACAAUUCAUCAGCGGAAAAGGUAGACGACGCUGCCGCGAAUGCUCAUGUGCCCCAGCCCUCUGGUGCCGACGUCGCGCGCGCCGUGGGUAGUGCGAGCGUCGAUGCAGCACAGAAGCCCGACCGCUUCGAGAAGUUCGAGGAGCCGUCAGUAGAGAGCCCAACUGCGACGGUGCGCCGCUUGACUGUACGCUCAGGGAGUUCAAAGGCGUUGAUGAACCAUGUUCGCGGGUGCAAUACAAGCAGCGACUCCGACGGCAGUGCGCAGCGUCUUCUAGCAGCGCCAGCCACGCAGGUGCGGCUAUCCGUAUCGCCGCCAAACGGACGCCUCCGGAUCCACUCGUACGACGGCUUGGCCGCUCACAACGGUGAAAGGUCGCUGCGGUCCCUAACCCGUCCACAGGAGGGACUGCCUCCACUGUAG